UGUAUUUCUAUAGGGUCAACUCUUAUUCAGUCAAACUACCUUCCAAAGAGCGGCUAGAGCAAGCUGUUUUGAGUGAGGGUCGAGACCACCCAAUUUACCAGGAUGGACUCGGAUAUUUUGAACAUAGAGGAUAUAGUGAUGGGACGGGCAUUGCCGGAUCCACCUCCCGAAGUUCCCCCUGCAAAGCCAGCCGCACCAUACAAACCAAUCAAUUUUAAGGGACCUCCAACGACCACCAUCCAACCUUACCAGCAUGAGAACCUGCAGUGUUUCCAGUGCUUCAUCACCUUCUGCAGUGCCAAAGCCAAGGAGAGGCAUAUGAAAAAGAGCCAUCGGGAAGAGUAUAAGCAACAGCUUCAGCAGGGAAACACAUUGUUCACUUGCUAUGUGUGUGAUCGCACUUUUCCUUCAUCUGAAGAGCUGACACAGCACCAGCCAACACACAGCAAGGACGAUAAGCCCUUCAAAUGCGUGCACUGCAAGGAGAGCUUUAAAACAUUCUCUGAACUCACAGCCCAUAGACGACAGGUGUGUCCAGAGAAACAGUUGGUUUGUAAGGAUUGCAAUGAAACCUUCAGGAGUGCAGGACUGUUGCGUACUCAUCGCAUUACCCAGCAUCCCCGCCCUGACGUAGAGACCGCAGAACAGCCAGAGGAUGCUGCGAAGACCCAUCGCUGUAAGAAGUGUAGUCAAGGCUUUGAAACAGAACCAGAGCUGAUAGCACACCAGGAGAAAUACCCUGAAGGCCAGCAAUGCAACGGCAGCACUUCAUCUGUCAAGAAACGCGGACGGCCUACCAAAGCUGAAGACGCGGCAGCAGCUGCUGAUAAGAAGGGAAAGCGUAAGAAGAAGGAUGAGCCUGAAGCGCCCGAGGAGGAAGAGAAGGCUAGCAGCACUUCAGAGGCAGCAGCAGCAGCAGCUCCAGCUGAAGAAAAAGGAAAGGCAGCUGGAGCAAAGCGUGGCCGUCCUCCUAAGGUGGCAGCAAAACCAGAAACUGAAGAUUCGAAGAGUCCUGAGGAUGACAGUGAUGCUCCAGCAAAGGAGAAGAAAGUUAAAGCAGAGGCUGCUCCUGCAGCCCGUCAGCACCCCUGUCCUGAGUGUGACCAGGCAUUCCCCAGCUUAAUUCAGCUCCGUGCUCACAAGAAGGAGAAACACGCUCCCCGGAAGGCCCAUCCCUGCGAAGAAUGUGAAGAGAGCUUUGCCCGUCCCGAUCAGCUGGACGCCCACAUGUCCCGAGCUCACGCCGUGGGCCGCCUCUCCUGUCCAACCUGUGGGAAGAGCUUCGGCCGUGAGCGAACCUUACAAGCUCACCUGAAAAGUCACCCCGAGGAAAAUCCUGAAACCCCAAGUGCAAAAAGAUAAUUGAGACGUGGGGACCCUGUAAAGUCUAUGGUUUUUGAAGAUUUUAGUCAAGAAUUGUGCUUUUUCUCUUUUAACAUAGGAGUUCUGAUGGUUUCAGAUGAGUUUGGAAUGAUUUUGAGAAUGACGUUUUAGCAAGAUUUGGAUUUUAAGUUGAGUUUGAUUAAGAACUGUUGACAUUUUGGACGGAUGCAUCUUGUAAAUUGACUAACCAAAUGUUGUUAAAAACAUUUACUACUCCCUUUGCCAGAAAACAUAGUUUAUUAUUAGUUUAUAUGAACUAGGGGUCGACUGAUUAUCGGCCUGGCCGAUUAUCGAGGCCAAUAUUCCGCAUUUUUACAGAUUAUCGGUAUCGGCCUUUUUUUUUUAUCAAAUUGCCGAUACAACUUUGGCUCUGAUGUGGCCGUUUCUCUGGCUAGUCACCACAGUUCACGAGCAAUGUCCCGCCCACAGCGCUAUCUGAUAGGCUAUUACUGAAGUGCCAAUCAACACUAAAGAUUUUCCGGGCUGCAGCCAGCCAGAGGCGUGACCUUCUCAGAUUACAGGCAGGUGCGAAGAACGCAGACACAGACAGAGGCAAGCAGCAGCAGUGAGCGUUGUUUCGAAGGUAAAUCAGUUGAAAGCCGAAGUUCAAUAAACAUCCCAAUCCCCUAUGCUGAAGUUGCAAAAACACCACGAUCUUAUCCAAUUCUAUCAGUUUCCCAGUUACAAAGGGACCGGGCGGGGCAGGUAGCGUCUCGCAGCGGAGAAACUGAGUGGAGAAACUGAGCGCUGGGACGACUGCUAGUGGAGCCUCGCAGCAACUCUGCUUUCUGCACCACAAUCUGGUGCUGCUGAAUUGGGAAUACUAAAUGAGUGAGACUCAAAUAUCAGAAGUUCAGAACAAGUUUUAGUAGUUUUUAUUUUAUUUUUACUUCAUUUACUUUACUCAGGGUCACAGAGAGGAAACCAGUUUUAAGAUGUUGAAAAGUUCAUUAACCAUAAAAAGGUAUUUCAAAGAAGUUGUGUUAUUCUACAUUUUGACACCAAGAUUUUCAGAUUUUACUGCAAAUGUAUAUCGGUUCCAAAUAUCGGUUAUUGGUCUCCUUGAUUACUAAUAAUCGGUAUCGCUAUCGGCCUUGAAAAAGCCAUAUUGGUCGAUCCCUAGUAAAAACAAAGUGUUUUGAUUAGCUUUUUAAAUGAUUUGUUUCAGUUUUUUAAAGCGUGAAAUAAUAAGUGUGGUGUGAGUUUAUUUCUUGGUGACUUGAGUUGUGAAACUCGGUUUGGAAUUUUUUUCUUUUUAAGUUUUCCUCUUGUUUGUUUUGUUUUCAAAUUGCGUAAGUUCAUAUUUUGAAGCAAAUUAGAUGCCUAGUAGAGAUACUAUGUUUGAAUGUUUAGACAGUUUGUCAAAAGAAUUGUGUUAUGUACAGCUUCCGGUUCAUAUAGUGCAUUUUUAUACUCUCAAUAUUUUGAUUAUGUUCCUUUUCUAAAUUAAGUCUCAUUGAAGAAUCAUUUUUAAAAUAACACAAUUAUGUCCUGCUAAAGAAAUAUUUUUGCCGUAGUGCUACAGCUUCAAUGUGAUUUUGCCACAAUAAAAAAUACUUUUAAUGUUUCACUAGAAUAAUAUCUCAUGUCUUAGACAUUUCUUAAAUGGAACUCAUGACUCUUUAAUGCUUUAGGGUCCUAUGUUGAACUGUGUAUAUCAUGUGUUUUUCACUGAUUGGAUUGUUUCUCUCGCCAUUGCAAUGUGUCUGGACACUGCAAGAAUUGAAUAAAACAUGCUAUCUCAAGGGAGGCUGCCGAACAUUUAA